ACUGAAACGAGUUAGUACUCUACUACACAGUACAGUGACUAAGUUAGUUAAACGUAUUGUGUCCAAAACAACGAUUUUAACAAUGGACUCUUUAAUACGAGAAGAAUUGCCAGAAAUUGUGAACAGUGGCGCAUUCGGGAAGAAUCUAAAAUAUGUAUCAUUUGAUAUAAAUGAGGAUUACGUUGGACAGAAUCAAUACAAGUCAACAGUGGUAUUCGGUACAGUUAAUACUUCUGACGGUUCAAAAUUUAAUGUCGUGAUCAAAUUAAAACUUCGAGAUGAGGCACUGUGUUUAAAAUACAAAAUCCACUUUCAUUUCAAUAACGAAAUUAUUAUGUAUGAAAAUAUUAUACCAUUUUUAUUUGAAUCCCACCGAUCACUAAAUGGAAUCGAAGACUGGCCAUCAUUAUGUCGAUAUUUUUACGGUCGUAAUAAAUGUGGUGAUUUGUUCGAUAGAGAUUUAAUAAUAUUGGAAAACGUUGAUUAUCAGGGAUUUCGAUCGAGCAAAAAACACCCACUCGUUGACUAUGAUCAUGUUGUAUCUGCAUUACGAGCAUUAGCAAAGUUUCAUGGGUUGUCAUACACAGCGAAACACAAAGAUCCUGUCAGGUUACAAAAAAUCAUCAUGGAUCUCUGUGAAACUCAAUUUGACGAAGAUGGGCAGUGGAUAUUUAAAAACGAUGCGUUUAGGAGAUUUGGUAAGAGAGGAAUCGACCGGCUGCUUGAACGAAAUGGCGACCUUUAUCGGGACAACGAGCACUUAAAACGAUUUAACAAGAUUAACGAUAAUAUAGCCCAGUCACUAAAACGUGCGUUUGAACCACAAGAACCUUUUUCUGUUGUGUGCCACGGGGACUUCAACGUGAACAAUGUGUUGUUUCGUUAUGACGAAACGGGCCUUCCAAUCGACGUGCUGUUAUUCGACUUUGGAACACCUCGCUACGGGUCACCGGCGUUAGAUAUAUCGUUUUUAUUGUAUAUGAACACGACCCAAGACCUGCGAGAAAGUCAUUGGGACGAUCUGUUGAACGAAUAUUGCUUGACUUUGGCGAAGUCUGUACCCUCAGGGGUCCGCGUCCCAAACAGGAUUGAAUUGGACUCUGAAAUAGCCAGGUGUGCCAUUUAUGGGUUCGCAAAUGCGUCAUUUUUUUUACCUCAUCAGUUAAACUCUAAAGUGAUAUGCGAUGAGGAUAUGACCGAAGAAGGAGUUGUUCAGUGGUUAUUAAAAAUGGGUGGUGACAUUGGAACGGAACGAGUUGCUGAUAUGGUCCAACACAUCGUCGACAUGAAAUUCACGAACGUGUGACGUAGUAAACAUUUUUUAAAUUGUUUUGUACUGAUCUAUCAUAACUAUAUAACUUAAUGUUUGCUUUAUUGUUCACUUAAAUUACAACACUAUGCACAUGUUUUAUUAUUUAGUUUUAAAUAAUAAUAUGAAUAUUUGUAUUAACUUGUUUUAAAAUAUAUAUAAAGAAUACUAUGUUA